GACUUGAACCUAUGGUCGGAUGUGAAGUGAACGAACAUGCGCACUGAUUCCCCGACCGGACACCCGAAAGAGGAAAAAAUUGGUUCAUGAUCACAAUUUAACGCUUAGUUCUGUUACGUUCAUAUAUCAAAAGAGGUGGUGCCUAUGCUAAAAACGUUAAAGUUGGUGGUCAUCUGGGUUCUCGUAGCUUCAGCACACCAGAGAGGAAACAAUCACAAGAUGGACUGCACCAAGAGGGAGCGCCUGCACGCGGUGCGGGAUGGGAUCCUGCAGGCGCGCGACUGGCACGCCAACGAGAGGGCGAGCCGCCCCAGUGUGGCGGAGUGGUACGCAGGACGCAGCGUGUUCAUCACGGGUGGCUCAGGCUUCUUGGGCAGAGUCCUGAUCGAGUUGUUGCUGCGGAGCUGCCCCGACAUCGGCCCCAUCUACCUGUUGAUGCGCUCCAAGAAGGGCGUGGACCCGAAGGACAGGCUCGGUGUGCUGCUGGACGUUCCGCUGUUCGACCGUCUCCGCGCGGAGCAGCCGGCCGCCCUGUCCAAGGUGCGCACGGUGCCCGGCGACAUCGAGGCGCCGUCGCUAGGCCUCUCCGACGCGGACCGGCAGCUGCUGUGCGCCGAGGUGUCCGUCGUGUUCCACGUGGCGGCCUCGGUGCGCUUCGACGACCCGCUCCAGAAGGCCCUGCGCACCAACCUGCAGAGCACCAAGGACAUCGUGCAGCUUGCCCGGGACAUGCCCAGGCUCAAGGUCCUGGUCCACGUUUCGACGGCCUACUCAUACACCAACCAGAACCCCAUCGAAGAGCACGUGUACUCGAAUACUCUGGACUGGAGGAGAGCUCUUCAACUUGCUGAGCUGCCCGCCAAAGACCAAAAAGCCAUCGACUUCCUAGGACCAAAGUUGCGUGGUCCCCAGCCGAACACGUACACGUUUACGAAGGGUCUGGCUGAGCAUCUCGUGCAAGAAGCAUCUCGGGAUCUUCCAAUCAUCAUCGUCAGGCCAUCCAUUGUGGUAACCUCACACAGUGACCCAUUGCCGGGGUGGAUCGACAACCUGAACGGAGCGGCCGGUAUUGUGGUGGCCAACCUCAAAGGCGUGAUGCGCUACGUGAACGUUAACCUUGACAUGGCCCUCGACUCCGUCCCGGUAGAUGUUGCUACCAAGCUCAUUGUUUUGGCAUCCUGGUCCAAGGGCCUGGGCCUGCAGCUCAGCGACGAACAGGUGGACGUGGUUAACGCAACGGUGGGAACUGACUUCGGACUCAACUUCUCCGAAGCCGCACAUCUGCAGCACAAGCAUGGCGUCGAUUACAAAGUACCGUAUCCGGGGUCUCUCCGACCACCCUCUUUGCGGUACGAGCCAUGCCCCGUCUUGUACGCGCUCCUUCACUUCUACCACCACCUCGUCUUCGCUUUCGUCGUAGACCUCCUGGCUCGAGCACUUGGCCAAAAGCCGAGGGCACUGGGCCUCUACCGGAAACUCGCGAUCGGUAUGCAAAGCAUAGCCCCGUUCAUGAGGGAGUUCACGUUCAUCAUGAAGAACCAACGUACAUUGCAGGAGAUGAUUCAUCCUUCAGACCUCAAGACUCUCGAUUUCCUCGAGAUUUACAAUGGAAGGGACAGCGAGGAGCAGAUGGUCGCGACCAUGGUGAACCAAAUGCGAGGAGUGCUUCUUUACACUCUAAAGGAGGAGUUCAACGUCGAGAAAAACUCGGCCAGAUUGCACUUGGGUGGGUCUUGCGCGCUUACCACUCCGUCAUGGCCCUCCUAUUCUUUGGGAUCGUCGCUGUUCUCUACAAGGUGAUAUCGUACUCCGGGGAUGCAGCGCGCUGGACUUAAUCAAGACACCACCGUUUUCAAUUUCACCUGUAUUACUGUACUUUAGUUCAUGUGAUGUUCGUUUCUCGAACGUAAAUCUUUGUUUCAUUGGAAAUUCCUCCAAUUCCUCCAAGCAUUUCCAAUGAAACAAAGAGUUACGAGCUCGAACAAGGCUCUGUUCAGACUCACGUCCACCCAGGACGUGUGGGUAUGACUAUACCUCGUAAUGUUUCACAAUUUAUGUCUUGGCAAAUUGAAGUAAGAAAGGUUCAGAGCAACUACUUUUACUUCUCUAUCUAUUCCCGCGUGGAAGGCAAUUAACUUCAAAAGCAUAUGCUAUCAAGUGUCCUCUUAAUAAAUUGAUUUGUGAUUUGUUUUAUGUCUUUAAAAAAAAUCAACACGCUUUUUAUGUUUGAUCCUUGUCGGAAUAUCGCAUUAAAGAGAAUGUGUUCUUGC